AGAAUAAGUCAAGGGGCGGGGAGGGCGGCGCGGUGGCAAGGCGUGUGUGGCGCGAGGUGGCAAGGAUAUGCGUGCGCAGACGAGCAUGGGAAGUCACUCUUGUUUUGGGAGUAUCGAUUUUUGGCCAGUGUUCAGUUGGAUACUGUUCAUGCCACGAGUGGAAUAUGUAUCUUAGUGUUUCCCCGUGAUCUUGUCGUCUGCAGCUGUGUUACUGAGGCCGCCUUCUCCCCUCCACCACCAUGACUAAGGACAGACUUGCCGCGUUGAGAGCAGCGCAGAGUGAUGAAGAUGAUGUCGGACCUGACGAUGUUGCCGUCAAUGUGGAUGGCAACGUCGGAUACAUGGAUGACUUCUUCAACGAGGUGGAGGAGAUACGAGAAAUGAUAGAGAAGAUCCAGAACAAUGUGGAAGAAGUUAAGAAGAAGCACAGUGAGAUUCUAUCCGCCCCGCAAACGGACGAGAAGGUGAAGCAGGAGCUCGAUGACAUGAUGACUGACAUCAAGAAGACAGCCAACAGAGUCCGUGCUAAACUUAAAGUCAUUGAACAGAACAUCGAAUCUGAGGAGCAUGUGAGCAAGGCCAGUGCAGACCUCAGGAUAAAGAAGACACAACACUCGACUCUCAGCCGCAAAUUUGUGGAGGUGAUGACUGAGUACAAUCGCACACAGACUGACUACCGUGAGCGCUGCAAGGGAAGGAUACAGAGACAGCUGGAGAUCACGGGACGCAACACCACCAGUGAAGAGCUGGAGGACAUGCUGGAGCAGGGCAACCCAGCGGUCUUCACACAGGGGAUUAUCAUGGAGACCCAGCAGGCCAAACAGACCUUGGCGGACAUCGAGGCUCGACAUGAAGACAUUGUCAAACUGGAGACUUCAAUCAGGGAGCUCCAUGACAUGUUCAUGGACAUGGCAAUGCUUGUGGAGAGUCAGGGUGAACUGAUGAAUAGGAUUGAGAAUCACGUACAGGAAGCUCAGGACUAUGUGGACACAGCCAAACAGGACACUAAGAAAGCCAUCAGAUACCAAAGCAAGGCCAGAAGGAAGAAAAUUAUGAUCAUCAUAUGUGUUAUAGUUUUGUUACUUGUUCUUAUUCUCAUCCUCGGAUUCACUGUAAAUUAGUAGUGUUGUGCGGGUGUGGUGGAGGUGUGGGCCCUCCUGCCGGGUGUGUGCAGGUGUGGCUUGGGGUGUCAGGCAUGGAGAUGGGCCUUGCAGGGUUGUACCAGCCUUGGGAAGUAGUGGUGUGGUGUCAGGCUUGGAAUCAUGGUAGGUUUGGAGUCUCAGGUGUGUCACAGAUCCUUAGCUGUGGUGUGGGGAUCAGGGCGUCAUGCAGGUGUGGCUCUGGCUUGUCACACGUGGCUGGGCAGCUUGACACGUAUGGGGAAGAGAAUUUAUGCCCUAUUACUGUGUGGAAUAUUGCAUUGAGAGGUGUGUGAAGGUGUGGGUGGGUUGAGAGAGAGAGAGAGAGAGAGAGAGAGAGAGAAAGGACCUGGUAUAUAGGAAUUGAAUGUCACUAGUCCCUCACACAGUGGCACUAAAGCUGUGAGGGAGAGAGGCAGGCAGGGAGAACAGUGGAGAGUAUGAUUGCAUUGCUUAGCAGAAGAGAUAGAGAAGUUUGAGCAUGUUGAGUUGAGUUGUAAAGACAUUACUAUUUGUUGAUAUUUGUUAAGUGUCGGGGUUUUGUAUCCAGUUCGCUGUUUUAUCUUUGUGUUCAUCAUAGCAUUAGACUGACAGGUGCCCAUUUUUUUUAUUAUUGUUUUUUGGUGAUUUUUUUUAUAUAUGCAUUUAUUCCUAACUGUGGGUGAUGUUUGUGAAGAUAAAAGGGAGUGUGAGAUUGGACGAAUUGAUUUAUAGGUGUGAAAAACCACAACACAACUUGAGAUGAAGCAAGAUAGAGAAUUGGAAGAGGGUUUCAAAAUAGGUGACACACUUUGACGUAAACUUCCUCUUCGUAAAUUUCACCAUUAGACAUUCCUCCAUUAAAAUUCCCUGAAACUAAUGUAACUUGUCUGCAGGGGAAUUAUAUUUGGUGAAAAUCUUAUGAGUGAAUGUCUACAAUGGAAAUCAACCAUAGGGGAGAGUUACAACAUGAGGUUUUGCUUAUGUGCCAAACUGUGCAGCGAACACCUUCCUCACAGCCAGGAAAGGGAAGGGCGGGUCACACUCACUCUAGUCUAGACAGUAGAAAGACUAACACAAAUAUAGAACUGAAAAGAGACAAUAUUAAGAGAAAGUUUAAGGAAAAAAAGACAAAAAAAAAAAAACAUUAUCAGAGUAACAAAUAUCUGAGAGAGGGGAAAAUAAUUAUGUAAAUGAUAAACAGAGGCUUGGAAAGAAAGUAUGUGCAUAAACCUUAGCAUUAGUUAUGGAAGGAACACUGAGUUGGCUAGAGUUAAACUUUUUUCCCUCUUGUCUUUAAUUUAUUUAGUCUAUUAUGAUUAGUGUCCUUUUUUGUACAUAUUUAUCCUGUUUUCCUGUGAUGGGUGGCAAUGACUGGUGUGGAAGGAACAGAGGGAAAGAUAGAGGAGGAGAUCGGUCAGGGCCUGCACGGUGCAUCUUCAAUACUGGUUGUGUGAUGGCUUAACAUUUUCAUACUUGUGCCUUUUUGUAGAUAUAGGCAAAGGUACAUUCGACCCUUCACUACCACAGCCACAGAUGGUUACUUUUACUUAAUGCCGCGUGCCCCUUACUCUGACGUGUCCCCCAAGUUUAUCAUUACGUAUUGGUGUGGUUAUUGUCAUUGGGUUUCCUCAUUAUUGCCAGCCGUGUGUCGAGGGGCUUGUCUGUCGCACACACUUUGCCGAAAUGAGUGUUAGUUUUGAGUGUUUACUUGUGUGGUGUGUUUUGUGAUUGAGUGCUGCAGUUUCUGAGUGGAUCUUUUAAUUUUUGUUUCUUGUCAUCUGGAGAGAAUAGUUUGUAGUUAAAUUCAUCAUGGGAAGUUCAGAGAAGUUUUUUUUUUUAAUGGAAUAUGCUAAGAUUAGGUUUAUUCCAUUUUCUUUCCUCCUCAGGUGACAUUUAUCACAUGGAGGCUAUACACUUUUAUGUUUGUGAAUGUUUUGAUGAGGUAUUUUGAGGUUAGGUUGAUUUCAUUUCCUUUCUCCCUCAUGUCCCAAUCCUCACAUCCACCAGACUGUAAGAAGUAUAGCUAGAACCCAUGGUGAAGUUCCUGGAUAAAAGAUUCUAUCAUUAUUAGUGCAUAUGAUGUGACUGCACUCCAUGCCAAGACUACCAAUGUAAUCCCAUCCACUGAGGAGACACAGACAGUAAUGUUACCCCUCACUUAUGCUCUUACCAACUGCCUGCCCAGCAAACCAACUUUAUAGAGUGCAAAAUUUGUUCACGAAAAUAUUGAAAAAUUAAGGAAACUAUUUGGAUUAGAGUAGUAAUGAUAGUAAUAGUGAUGAUUUAGUGUUAAUCUUUAGUUAUUUGUAAGAUGCUGGAUUCUAUACACAAGUCUAGUACCUUAUAAAUAAAUGAAGGUUUUGGUAGUAACAUUAAAUCCAUUUUUCAUACAUCUGGAUACAAAUGUACAUAAUUGAGUCAUUGAGUGGACAGGAGCAUUGGUGAGUGGCAGUGUUACCAUAUCAGUGAGUUGCCCGGUGGAGAAACAACAUUGUGAGAGUCAGAGUGAUGGAGUGUAGUGGAGAUGGAUGAGUAAAGGAAGCCAAGGUGAGGAUGAUUCAGUCCUCACCCUGAUAUCCUUUGCCUGUCAACCAUCAUCAUCGUCAUCAGCACCACCACCAAUGUCAUCAUUCUGAAGAGAUCCUCUUCCAUAUUCUUUACUCUUCUGCCUCACAUCACAACUCUUGAUCCUGAUCUUUACACAAGUGACAUCCAGACAAGACAAGUGAAUUGCAGUGUGUGAAGAAGUUAUGUUACUUUCAAAUUGUACAUAAAUUGAAAUGACCUAAGUUGAUUUAUAUUUUUCAUAAUGUAGUUAUGGUAAUUUCUUUUUUUAUUUAUAUAUGAAAAUUCUACUGUAUAUUUUUUAGAUAUUAUACAUUCAUAGAUCAAAGAAUAAAGUAAAUUUACUCAUCAAAAUUCACCAAUCACACGGCAAUUCACCACCACUUCAUUCACAACGCCAGUGAAGCACCAACAUUACACCACCACAACCACCACAUCACCAGAUAGAUACGUAAACACACCACCAUCCACGUCACCAACAGUAACACUCCAUUGAUGCACACGUCAUCCACCAGCAGCUCUUCCAUAUAGUCCCCGGUGCUCAGAGUGUGAUAGGGACACUGACUUGGCCCAGCGGUGGCAGGUCACAGAAGCACAAAGGUUGCAGGGGAGUCAAGGUGCUGGACUGUGCUGAUUUAGGAUGCUAUCAAGUCUCUCCUGUUCCUUGUCUCUGUUAGGUUAUUUUAUGUUACGGAGAUCAAGACGUAUAAGGUUAUAACACGCAUUUUAUUUCUUUUACAUCUUUUCUCCACUUUACGUUGUUUUGAAAUAGUCGUUUUGAUGAUAAUUACCAGCACAGUCCUUGUUAUUUUGUGUAUGUAAAGUUUAUAUGAGGAUAGCUGUUCUGUUUCUUGUUAUUGUUGUUAUCAUCAUCAUCAUUAUUAUUAUUAUUAUUGUCAUCUCUUGUUUAAUCCUAGUUCUAGUCAAGAAUGUUUCAGUAUUUCUUGUUUGUUGGUUUACAGUCAAGUUUCAUAAUUUAGCACUUCAUCUGACUAAUGUUAUCUGUUUUUCUCUCAUUUUUUUCUUCUUUUCCUAUCGUCAGUGCUUUUCAGAUGCAUACAAGGUAAAACACACACACACACACACACACACACACACACACACACACACACACACACACACACACACACACACACACACACACACACAGUUUGCUUACAUUUAUGCAGAAGGGAAAGAAAAGGAAAAUUUGUCUAGAAUCUUUGGGACUUGACUGGGUUGGGACACUGGCUGGCUGGAAGGACUAAUUGGCUGGCGAAUUAGCUGAUCACUGAGCAAAUUGGCUUCGUUAUUGGCUGACUAGUUGGUUGGCUGGUCAGCUGUUUGGACUAUUGAUUGGGUAAUUGGCCAGCUGGAUGAAUGGUUGAUCAGUUGGUUGGGUGUAUGACUGGUUGGCUAACUCUCUGAUUGGGAACUGGUUGAAUCAUUCGGCUUGUGUGUUUGUGUAUGGCUCAUAUUUUGAAACACCUCCUCACAACACCUACUUUCAAAAGGCUCUAGUUAAGAUUACAGUAGUUUUUAUGGGUGUCUUUAUGGUUCAGAUUAGUAAGAUUUGUACAUUAUUAACAGAGAAACACUUGAGAACUCAUUUAACCCCUUCAGUACUGGGUCACAUUUUUACCUUGAGAUUUGUGUACAAUUAGACUAUUUUAUUUGCAUUAGGAAGGGUCUAUGGAGGUCAGAAGGUUAAUGGCCACAGUGUUAACUAUUUCAAUCCCCCCACAUGAGUUUUUGAAGCUGUAUAAAAUCACCAAAUAGUAAGCAGAAUGAAUAUAGAAAUGCAUCAUAGUACUGAAGGGGUUAAUCAUCUCUGUGGCCCGUAAAACUAGUGGUAGUGAGAGAACAAAGUGUUUCAAUAUACAAGCCUGUGUGUGUGUGAAUGAAUGAUUGUCCAGGGCACGCUUACCUCACGUGGCCACACUCAGCACUUCACCGUCGCUGCUUCCUCACGCACACAAACACUCGCACUGAACACCGGCAGCGCGCACCAAGUGAGUGACAACGACUCACAGCUUAUUUUUGUUUUGAUUUAUACACGGAAAUAGCAAUGUAUGUUUGUGUUGUGUUGCCGUGUUUUGAUUUUGUAUUGUCCAUCUUUUAAGUUAGUCACUAUGAUGAUUUUUUUAUUAUUUUCCUUAGUUUUCCUUAACACAGGAGUUUUCACUAAGUUCUGAUUAGUUCAUUUGUUUGCAUUUUCUUCACUUACUAAACUCUAUAACCUUAUGCAUUUUAUUGAUUUAAAGUAAUAUUUUCAAUUUUAUUUUAAUUACUUAUAUUUUAACUCAGAAUAUUAUGCAUUUUUACUCAUUUAACUCAUAUUUUUUACGUAAUUAUUUUCAACACAUCACUUAAGGAACUAAAUGAAAUGAGAGAGAGAGAGAGAGAAUGUAUGAAUAAAGUGUGUGUCUGUGAGUGUGUGCAGUGACCCAGCCAAGCCCUGUGUUGCAGAAAAAGCUGUUGUGUGCAGGGAUAGGCGUUUUCGUGGUGCUGUUGCUCAUCUUGAUUCUUGUUAUCUACUUCAUCAUCAACCGUGACAACACCCCGAGCCCCGUCCCAGCCGUUACCCAUCCCCCUCCUGACAGUGGCUGAACGGGGGAGUAAAGAGAGUUAACUAAGAAAUACAAUCCCCUGUGAUAUUGAUUGGUGAAUGACACACUGGUAGAAUGUUGCAUAUAUUGAAUCUUUAUCAUUCAAUUUUACAUGUUUUUCCUAUUUUAUAUUUUCUUUUUGAAAUUUAGUUUUUGAUAAUGAAUGAGUAGAUUACAUGAUUAUUUCUUUAUUAUUAUUAUUAUUAUUAUUAUUAUUAUUAUUAUUGUUAUUGGCACUGUUGUUAUUAUUAGAUAUCUUUAUUGUUUUUCUUCCUAUUUGACAUUUUCUUUUUUUUUUUGUUAAGUUCCAGUGAUAAAAGUAGAGUAAACUACAAUAAUUUUUUUCUAUUGCUGGCACUAAUAUUAUUAUUAUUAUUAUUAUUAUUAUUAUUAUUAUUAUUAUUAUUAUUAUUGUUGAUUAUUAUUGCUAAGAGGUCACUUAAACAUAAUCCUUGGUUUGACUUCUUUCUGCAACAGCGACAUUACCUUGCAUUAUUGAGUUAACUGAUUCCAACCUUUGCAUUUGUUGAUAGUCACUUGUUAUAUAAAGCACACAAAUGAUACACAAAGCAUAGGUGUUGAGGCAGAGAAGGUACACCUGUUACCACCUAAUUGGACUCUUUUCUUACAUUGACUACCAUUAGCAGGCUCUAGUGGAAGUUACUGGCAUUUUCAAGGGUGUUUUCAUGGUUGUAAUGACAGAUUGGCAGGCUAUAUUGAGAGUUGCUGUGGUUUUUCAAGGCUGCUUUCAUGAUUCUAGGGAUUUGGCAGGCUACAUUAGGAGUUGCUGUGGAUUUCAAGGGUGCUUUCAUGAUGCUAGUGAUUUGGCAGGUUAUAUUGGAAGUUACUGUGGUUUUCAAGGGUGUUUUCAUGAUUCUAGUGAUUUGAAAGGCUGUAUUGAAAGUCGUAGUUUUCAAGAGUUUUCAUUGUAAUGAUGGAUUGGCUGGUUAUAUUGGGAGUUACUGGGAUUUUCAAGGGUGUUUCCAUGGUUCUAGUGACAGACUGACAGGCUAUAUUGAAAGUCAAUGGGGUUUUCAAGAAUGUUUUCACUAUUCAAAUAAGAGUUUUUAGCAAGAAUUAAGUACCAUCGCCAGAAAAAACAUCAUGAAAAAUGUGACUACUUAUCUGUGUGGUCCUUGAGAAUACUAGGCCUUAUAGAGCUGGCAGAGUUUUGAAAAUACGCAUCAUAGAAUUAUUAUUUAGCUUCAGCCACAGUUAACUCAAAUAGCUUAUAAUGAUUUAUUUCCUUUACUUUUGUUUCUUAGGUUUACGCAUUUAUGAUUUAUUAGAAAUUGGAUCGAUUUAUAAUACAUCGCAGCUUUUGAGUGUUCAGACUUAUUUGGAAAAGAAUGAAAGCAGAGAAUUGUGUUAUGUAAUUUGUAAGUGCAUAUAGACACACACACACACACACACACACACACACACACACAUACAUUGCAGUAGACGGAAGAAAUCAACUAAAAAAUACAUCAAUAUUUCUUCUUUAACAUCCAUCAACACUCUCAGUAAGUAGAAGGUGACACAUACACACAAACACUGACACUCUCUUCUCCUCCAUUGCACAAACAUAUCUUUCUUCUUCAUCCUUGACACUGAACCGUUUGUUUAUUUUGGUUUUACUUCUUUUUUUUUUUUUUUUUUUUUUUUUUUUUUUUUUUUUUGUCUGUACAUACGCCACUCUCUCAUUUCAUUCUAAGCGAUCAUGUAGGAAUUAUCACUGAAUUAUCUUCUCUCAAAUCUAUACAUUGACAUUACCUAACUUUUCAUCUCUGCAUCACUAAGACAUAAGACACUUCAUUUCUUCACCUCGUCCCUCAACACAAACUCCCAGUCCACAUGCAUUUACCUCACACGUUCUCGGCAUCACCUGUGCAUAAUACUGCAUAAUACAUUUUUAAGGCAUGUGAUUAUACAAGACAUUAAUUUUAAGAGACACAUCACCAAUCUUCCAUCCUUCCUUCCUCCUCUCCUCCCUCACUGACUGUCCUUUCCUGCCAUUCCUAAGUUGAUGUUUUGAGGAAGAUGAGAGGCUAGUAUGAGAGACAGAGAGAGAGAGAGAGAGAGACACUAAUAUACUUUCUAUUCACAUACACUUACUCUAGAAAGGAGUUAGCUUAGGCCCACACCACCACAGCCACCACCACCACUACCACCACCAACACCGACCACCAACUACCACCAACCACCACCACUACCAUAGAACGCCACCAGUAACACAUACGCACACACACCCACCGUUACGUAAGUUCCUGAGGCACACUAGAGGGAUACAAGAGCCACAAUAGGAUAAUCAGAAGCUCUACAUGGGAUCCCAAUAAGCAAACACUUCAUGAAUUCGUAGAAAAAAAAUUAGUUUGAGUUGGCGGUACAUUUUUGUUGCUUAGGCUGUGAAAAUUAAAAAAAAGUAAAGUGUCAGGCAUAGUUGUAGGGUGUAGGAGGCUGUGUAGGCUGUCAGUAGGCUGUGAGGAGGCCCAGAGUGAGGUGUAGAUGAGGUUUUGCUUUCCUAUGUAGAGUGUGAGAUGUGUGGGUGAGGUGUGAGGAUGCCCUGUCCCAGAGUGUGAGGUUGUGUGAGGGAGGGACUGGGGACAGGAGCUGGUGCAGUGUCCUGUGUGUGGUGUGUAGGUGUUGGUGAGUCAUUCCAGCUCUUCCAGUGGUGUAAAUAGACUAGAAGCAAUUUUAAUACCGUAAGGAACCACCGAGAUUACACAAGUGAAAUAAAACAGAUGGCGUGUUUUUCUUAGUCUACCCUGAAUGCUGAGUCUCUCUUGCGCUGUCUGUGUUUUGUUUGUCUCGUUUUCUUUCCAUAUGCGGGUGGGAAAUGUAACCUUGGAGUGUGUUGGCUAGAGGUUCAGUGAAGCAAAUGACUACACUUGGUUCUUUUAGAGCCAGCAGUCAAUUGUCCUCAUUGAAUUGAAGCUUGAUUUCUGUUUUGCUGGGUUACCUUUUUCACUUUUGUGUUGGGAGAAGAAUGACGAAAGGUGAAAUGUUUCUUGGUGUUUGUGUGGUGUUGAGCAGUUGUGGGGUUGACAGCUGGUGGUGAGGGACAUGGGGUGGUGCAGUGAAGGUUGAAAGGGUGAAGGGGUGUGCAGGGGAGCUUCAGUCACAGGUGUGAGUGUAAUGAGUUUCACAUCUACAUUUUGCAUCACUCAGAUUUGGCAGUGUAGUAGAAAUUAACAGACACCAUUGACACUUACUGGCUAGAUUUCAUGAUGCAGCAAAGCACAAGAAAGUAAUGGAAACUUCAAGAAACCAUCAGGCUUACACAUGACAGGCCUUGAGAUGGAGAACACAUAAUGUACACUCCUUAACAAACCUCCCACUACUGACAGCUACACUAAUUUGAGGAAAUAACAGACCUCUCAACUUAACUUUUUGUAGUGCGACUUACUCUUUAGUCUUUAGCUUUCUAUGUACAAGAAUUACAGUAGCAGUUUCCCUCCAACACAGAUAAUGACAAUGUGUUCUACUGUCGUUAAAGUUCACUAAAUUAAAACCAGAAGCACCAUUACGGACACUAAAUAUGCCAACUUUUUUUUCUAUUCCUACUCCAUAAUUAACUUGAAAUGUCAAAUUGAAUAGUAUUUCCUUAGUUUUGUGUACUCAUACCCAACUUAAUUUGAUGCAUAAACACACUUACACACCUGUACUCUUAAUUACUAGCUCAAACAACCACACCUGUGAAUUUAUUGAAGGCUACCUGUGUAUGGGAGAGGAGAAGGUGGUGGUGCUGGUGGUGAGAGGAAAGAUGGGAGGGAGGGUGGUGAGGGUGAUGGGAUGGUUACGAAGAUAGAGGAAUGGAAGGAACAGGAUUAGUAUGAUGUUUUUUUAGAAAUUCAUUGACCGGAUGUGACAAGAGUGAGAGUGUGUGUGAGAGUGGAAAAUGUGCUGGUUAUUUGUGGCAUGGUAGUAGUAGUAGUAGUAGUAGUAGUAGUAAGAGUAGUAAUGGUAAUGCAUCCUGAAGUUAUAUAAACAGAACUGCUAUUUUAUCACUACAUAUUAUCAUCACUUAUCAUCAUUACUGUUCUCAUACCAACAGUUUCAUUCCUCUUACUAAUAUACAGCAGUUUCCAUCCCUUCAUUAUACAGCAGUUUCCACCUCUCACACUCACCCUGCCAAACUCCUUCCCAGGACACACAUCUGAGCUUCCUGAACCCUUUGUACUGCUGUGCUCAUUACUGAUAUAAAGAUAAUAUGCAUGGAGACACAAGGGAGAGAUAUUAGUUUUCUUGUACUGUACGGAACUACAAUAGAGUGACUAUUAGUAAAGACAAGCCUUACCAAGUUGUGUGGCUAGAGGGAAAAUAUUGUCCUUUCAUUCUUUAUUAACACUUGGCAUCAUAAAGAAAUUAUUUGCAUGAAGACACAGAAGAAAAGGGAUUAUUUAUGUCUUUAACUAUACAGAAUUAUUAAAAAAAAAAAAAACUGCUAUCAUAGAAAAGGAUUUGCAUGAAGACAGAAGAGAUUACUGAUGUCUAACACUACAAAAUUAUAAUGAAAAAAAAAAAAUCAUAAAAAGAAUUUACAUGAAGACAAAAGAAAGAUUACUUAUGUCCAAUACUACAAAAUUAUUAGAAAAAAUGGAUUAUAAGAAGAAUUUACAUGAAGACAAAGAAAAGAGAUUACUUAUGUCUUUAACACUACAUAAUGAUUAAAAACAGUACCAUAAAGAUAUUCUUCUAAAAGUUGUAAGGAUAAAAUGGGAGCGGGAUUUUGCUUCUACAAUACAAAAAUGUUGAGGAAUAAGCCAGAAAAUGUUGCCAGUGGUUAAAUAGAUGUUGUCCAGCAGUGAGUGGGUGAAGGUGAGGCAGGUGUGGGUAGGCGCUCCUUCACACACCUGGCCCACGCUGGCACUCAGGUGUGGGUGCUUUUGAUUUUAACCCCUAGAACUCCUUGUUUUAGAGAUCAUUUUUAUUUAUUCAGUUUAUUAAUAGUGGUAUUUUUUUUAUUGAAUCCCAUCACACAUUUUUAUUCCUUUGUUAUUGAGUAUUUUUUCCUUUAGUUUUAUUGUAUGUUUAUAUAUAUAUAGGGACAUAUUACAUGUAUCUUCACUAUAUGUAUGUAUCUAUUUAUUCAUUGAUUUAUGUGCUUGAUUAGUAUAUUUUUAUUUACUUAGAAAUUAUUACCUCAGGAUCAUUAUUAUCAUCAUUAUCAUUAUUUUUGUCCUGAUUGCUGUUAUUACCACCUCCAUCCUUACCAUCACACAUCAAUGAUUUCUCCACAACCUGCACAGCUACAGAAUCAGUGGUAGCUUAUCCAUGGUCGUUAUUUAUUCUUAUUUAUUUACGAAUGCAAGUGUGAUUGAGUAUGAGCUGCAUGUUUAAUCCACCCUCUGAUUAUGCCUCCUUGUUAUUCCCCUUUAUACUGGUGCCAAGUCUGUGUAUUAGGUGUAGUAGUAGCCUGUGCACUUCUGUUAUGCUUUAAGACACUCCUGUAGCACCUUAGCACAUAUACAUUUAAGUGCGCUAUGGUGCUGCAUCAGCCUCUCGGUACCCUUGGAAAUGUGUGCUAUGGUGCUUGUUUGGCCCUGUGUCACCUGUGUUGUGUUAGGAUGUUAGGAUGCCUGUAUUAGCUGUGGUACCUGGUUAAGUCUGCAGUUUGGGUACCUGUGUAAACUAUGGUACCUGUUUAACCCUCUCACUGCCACAUAUUCUUCUCCCAUCAUCCCUUGCAACUCUCAAGACACAUUUUCUUCUAAGUUCUGUAGCCUAGACAAUGCAGAAUUAAUCCUUUUAUUCUCUAUUCUAUCUUUCCUUCUAGACUACAUUUCUUAUACUACUAUUACGAAAAGAGCCAUUGCAGUGAAAGGGUUAACUACACUUGCAUGAACUGUGGUAUACCUGUGUAAAUUAAGGUACCUGUUUGAUUGUACUAGGAUGCCUUUGUAGACUGAUAGCUGUUUAAGUAUACUAUGGUACCUGUGUAGGCCGUGUACCUGUUAAUUGAGCCACAUAUGAUGCAUUUUCACACCUGUAGCACCUGUGUCACAUUAGGUAGUGCCUUGUGCAGCAUCCUUGGCACCUUGUAAGCCCGCAGUGUUGCCGCUGUACAUAUUGAGGCAAGGAAGCACUGGGCUGGAGCAAUAUCAAUGGAAUAAAGCCUAUUUUUAUUA